GGCCGCUGGGAAGACGUCAUCGCUUCCGCCCUACUUCCUCCUCCUGUUGGCGGCGCUGAGAAUCCAAUAUGGAGUAAAUCGGUGGAGUGGCGAGAUGGGGCUCGGACGGGGCGCCCUGCACCGCCUCCCAGGCGCACCUCCCCCGGCCGCCGAGCGCUACCCGGAACCCUGAUUGGCUCGGUCCCCGGGGGCGACCCCGGCCCGGCCCCAGCGCAGCCGGCUGCCCGCCCGCCGCCCCGAGCGUGCUUGUUUUUCUGCUGCUCUCCCCCUCCGGGUCCCCUUCCCAAAUCUCGCCCCUGCACCCGCUCGGAGCCCCGGGGCCGCGCCCGGCCGGCCCACGGCGUACGCUGCCCGGUGCGCCCCUUCCCAGACCUCGCCCUGCGCUCGGGGCUCUCCAUUUCCCCGCCUGCCUCGGCGCCCCCUUCAUCUCUAGCUCCCCCCCUCCACCACCAAAUCAGGAGAUGUCGGAGAUGUGAAGAAGGGGGGCGAGCGCACAGGAAGAUGAAGGGAGCCAGGCUGCACGCCGCGGGACAGGCGUCUAGGUGAACAAGAAAAUGACCGAAGAAACACACCCGGACGAUGACAGCUAUAUUGUGCGUGUCAAGGCUGUGGUUAUGACCAGAGAUGACUCCAGCGGGGGAUGGUUCCCACAGGAAGGAGGCGGGAUCAGUCGCGUGGGGGUGUGUAAGGUCAUGCACCCUGAAGGCAACGGACGAAGUGGCUUUCUCAUCCAUGGCGAACGACAGAAAGACAAACUGGUGGUAUUGGAAUGCUAUGUCAGAAAGGACUUGGUGUACACCAAAGCCAACCCGACGUUUCAUCACUGGAAGGUUGAUAACAGGAAGUUUGGACUUACUUUCCAAAGCCCUGCGGAUGCACGAGCCUUUGACAGGGGCGUGAGGAAAGCCAUUGAAGACCUCAUAGAAGGCUCAACAACCUCCUCGUCCACUCUCCAUAACGAAGCUGAGCUCGGAGACGAUGACGUCUUCACUACAGCUACAGACAGUUCUUCUAAUUCCUCACAGAAGAGAGAGCCGAAUACAAGGACAAUCUCCUCCCCCACAUCUUGUGAGCAUCGGAGGAUUUACACCCUUGACCCAUACCCCAUGGACCAUUACCACCCUGACCAGCGGUUGCCGCGGUCCUACCCGCAGGUCACCUUCCCAGAAGAUGAUGAAGAAAUUGUUCGCAUCAACCCCCGAGAAAAGAUCUGGAUGACGGGUUAUGAAGAUUACCGGCACGCGCCAGUUCGCGGCAAAUACUUGGACACCGCAGAAGACGCAGACUCCUACGUGCGCUUCGCCAAGGGCGAAGUCCCCAAACACGAAUAUACCUAUCCUUAUGUUGAUUCUUCGGACUUUGGCUUCGGCGAGGAUCCCAAAGGCGGUGUGAUCAAAACACAGCCGCCCAGGGCCAAGUCCCGUCGCCGGAAGGAGAACGGCGAACGGUCGCGGUGUGUGUACUGCAGGGACAUGUUUAAUCAUGAGGAGAACCGAAGGGGCCAUUGCCAGGAUGCGCCCGAUGCUGUGAGAACUUGCAUUCGCCGGGUGAGCUGUAUGUGGUGCGCCGACAGCAUGCUGUACCACUGUAUGUCCGACCCCGAGGGAGAUUACACUGACCCUUGUUCGUGUGACACAAGCGACGAGAAGUUUUGCCUCCGGUGGAUGGCUCUAAUUGCCUUGUCCUUCUUGGCCCCUUGUAUGUGCUGUUACCUUCCCCUCCGGGCCUGCCACCACUGUGGAGUGAUGUGCAGGUGUUGUGGUGGUAAGCACAAAGCCGCUGCGUGACUGGUUUGCCUCCUUUCCGCUUCUCCAUCCACAGGCAAAAUUGUCUCUUGCGUACUCCCCCAUCGUCUCCCUGGUUCCCUUCCAACUCUAAACGGCAAGGCCAAUAAGAGGAGGCCAGGCUCCGUGGUCCCUUGGUGACAUCAUUCCAAACCUGGGGUAGCUGCCGCCCCCUGUGUCAGCCACAUACCCUCCUCGCAGUGUUCUGAGGAAAGGAGCCUUCGAGGUAGACUCGUGUAUUUUACCAGCCUAUAAUCAUGCUGUCUUUCCCGAGUCUCGGUUUCCUGCCCCUCCUUCCCACCUUUCUGGUUCUGGAGACUUGGAGAGGUUUAUUGAUUUUUUUUUUUUUUCCUUCCCUGCUCCGUGACCGCUUUCUUUUUCCCCUCCCCAUUGGGCUUGCCUGUCGCUAACUAAGCAUAAGUCCCUCAGAGAUGUGACCGAAUGAUGAAACCAUCUCGACAAAUUGUCGUUAUGCGAGGUGAGCUGGAUAACAAGCCUGUACCACAAACAACAGUACUUUGACUCCUAAAACCAAACCUCCCACAUCAGCUUCCGUCUUUUGUCUUUAACCUGCCAUCUUCUCUUCCCCUACCCCCACCCCCGCCCCCAGUGAAUUCAUUCACUGAUGCAAAAUAGUCACCUUUUAAAUGACUUUUUGAGCCUUAAGUCCAGAUUAACUUGUGAGAAUCAAGGGAAAGAAAAUCCUCAGAUUGCCCUGCAUCCUCUUGGAACAGGGCUUGUGAGAGGAUCUGGGUUUCUGUGAGCCUGCCCAGUUUCCGUAAAAUAGAACUUUUUAGAAUUGUGUUGCCACUUCUAAAAUCCUAGCAGUACUUAGAAUAACACAUCAGUGAGAUAAGUUUUAUUCAUUAUUUUACAAACCAAAUCGAGUUGUUCAAACACAAACCAGUGUUCUGUGAACAAGUUCCAGUUGAAAAAACACUGAAGUUAUGAAUAACACUGUAGCCAUUCCCAGCCCCCUACAGUUUUAUAUUAUUCAGGAGGGCAUUUUAAAUACCAUCGAUUCAAACAGUGGUGGCUUGCAUUUUUUUUUUUUUUAGGUGCAUGUUUUUGUUUUGGGGAAGGGGGUUGUUUUGUUUUUUAAUUUGAGGCUCAAUUCUUCAUUUAUACUUGAAAAAAAAAAGGCCAUAUGUAAAGAGAAAAAAAAAAAAACUUUCAAUGCCUAAGUGUCUUUUCUUCUACCACACCCACCCACACUUGCUACUCGGGGUGCACAGAUAAGGGUAGGUCACCAACUGAUUAUGCCUGUCGUUGAGCCAUGCAAAAGGCUUUUAAUUCGCUUGGGGGGGGGCAUAUAUAUGGAAUAGCCAAAUCUUACUGAAAAAAGAAAAGUGAAAGUGAUUGCCUAUACCUAGCAUAGUACAAUCAGAACUCCAUGGGGACUGUAGGGGACGGGUUUGUCACCAUUGGCUGUUCUUCCCAUGGUGAUUAAUGGUGGAGGGCAGGGGCAGUCCCCUUUAAUCCCCCCUCCCACACACACACACACCUUAUUGCACAUGGACAUCAGUCUUUAAAGGAAAAGGCUUUUUUCCAGUCUGUCAAUCAUACUGGGAAAAUGCUAGCCAUGCAUACCUUCCUGGCAGUGUUUUCUGCUCGCCUGUUGUGUUUCUUUAGACGGAUCAUCUGUGUAGAUAUCAGCAUGCUUACGCAUUAAUUGGGAGGUGUUUUUUCUUUGUUGGGAUGACUGGUUGGGGCUGUCUGUUGUAGAAAAGAUGCGGGGAAGCUGCCAUCUCCAUCUUUGUGGAUGGCGGGGUCUCCGUGCUAGGAGACUCUAGACUGCCUCCAGCCAGCCUCCAGUGCUGUAGAGAGACUGUCCCCGGCCUGAGGCACUCUCCUCGGGCCCUUUGGCCUCUCUACCAAGCACAACACUAAUCUGUUUCCUCAGACCUCCGUUCAAGUGCCCCUAUUUAUUUCAGUGAGAAUGCACGUCCCGGUCGCCUCGUGCGUAGCCUCUGUCCUUGUUUGUGCUUCCUUCCUCCCUUGCUGGUCCCCACCCUCGUAAGAGUUACACUAGUGGAUCUUACUCCGUGCAUCGUCUUUUUGGUUUGUGAAGGCAGCGGUUAAGGGCACAAAGACAGCCAUGGGGACACUUAUGUAAAUAUGUUUAAUUGCCACACUGCAGCUGAACGGUGUGUAGUAUUUUCCCAGUCAGCUUUGCCAUACUGACGUCAAUCAUUUGAGAGAAAUUAUUCAGAUUUUAUUUUUAUAUUCGUGGUAACAAAACCUAACCAAAAGGUUUCCUGUUCAGAAGUUUCCCUGACUCUCAUCCCAAGCUAUUUGCUCACAUUAACAAAUUAAAGUGCCUGAAGCAUAAUUCAUUUACCUGUAUACUAAAACCCUUGUUGUAUUGAUUUUUUUUUUAUAAUAAGCCUUUUUACCUCUGUAAAAAAAUAUAUAUAUACAAGUGUAUGAUGUACAUUUUAGUUCUUAACUUUUUUUAUGGUUUCUAAUAUGUAUGACCAAUGUAGCCAUUGCUUUGAAAUGUACCAUGUAAAUAUAAACACAUCCUGUCAGACUA